CGCUUAUCUCCUUCAUUCCAGCUUAUCUCUAACGGUAGCCUGCCCUCUCCUGCCAUCCAUACAUCCAUACAUAGCCUUCAUUUUAAAGUGGUGAUUCGAAUCAGCUGGACUCCUCCUUGACACAAGUUAAAACAUUUCUGCCUCUAUUUUCUCCGUUUGUUUAUAUUAUACUCGCUCCAAAAAUAUUAAUCACCUUUUUAAUGUAAAAGGUUGAAUAUUGGAAACUCGCCUCAAAUCUAUCAUAUACUACCUACACUUUUGUUUGUAAUCACACCAAUAUCCUUCCACAUUAUCCGACCAUUAAUCAAGUCAUGAUAAGCUCUUGAAUCACAGUACAAUCAGAGUACUGCGAUGACUUGUGUAUUAACAACUUGAGAUUAUGCAAACAGCUCGAUAACUUCUUCCGAUAAGACCUUUAAAUUGUUGUUUGUACAGAUUUUCUUCUUCACUUGCAAGGACGAAUCCUGUCGAGCGUAUUAUUUAAAUCCCCGACAAAUUUGAUUUCUAUCAAGUAAUAAAUUACAACUGGUUCAUGCAGUAGCUCAGGGCACGCGAGCAACAUGAUGCCUACUUCUUUCUCGUUAUUCACUACACAAAAAUCGAAGUCGAAACCUUCAACAUCUUCUUCAAAAGCGACUUCCGAAUCCAAAUAUGAACAACCUUCAGAAAACAUGCCAAAGUCAACUUUCAGUCCUGAGUUUACGACCAAUUUUACUUCGUCGCCAGUUGUGAUUCCUACUCGAGGCCACCACGAUAGUUUCAAAAAUGGGUUGGGAUUUGAACCAAGAAAGGAUCGUCGACAAACUACCAAAAAGUACUCGACACGUUCAGGUCGUCGCCCUCACGAUGUCCAUUCGCCCGAUGCGAUUCCUCCCUCUGUCGCCGCCCUGUUGGCGAUUACCGCCAUUCCGCCUCCUAAAUCACACAGCAGCGUUCGCAGACAAGCUACAUCUAGACAAAGGUUGACAGUGGAUGCUAUAUUACAACAUACUGCUGUUUCGGAGAAAGAAAUGAGUAUAACAUUCGGUAUGAGUCCUAUGGAGUUGUUGUUGAGUCCUCCAGAAGAAAUCGAUUCGACUUAUUGUUGUGGUUCGGAGAACGGACCCGGAUCGGUAUUGUCGAGUAGGACUACAUCGAGCGAAUCCGUACCGUCGUUAGAUGAUGCUUCUCUCAGUGAUGCUUCAACUACACCAGGCUCAAUAAUAACACCGAGUUCCAGAGGCAGAAGGUCUUUGCCAACACGAAGGUAUCAACCAACGUUUUCAGGCGAAAGUACUUUGCACGACCAUCCCUUAUCAGAUGUGGAUGUUGAAGAACUUGACUUUAGAGUCUUCCAACGAGCAUUAGAUUUACCCAAGGAUCAACAACCUAUGGCUGGUGCCGAACCCCCACGUCGCAAGUCCGCAUUUAAAUCAAACUUGACAGCAUCGUUGCGUGCUCUGAGGUCCGCGGCAAAAUCAUUCUCGAGUCUCACAACACCUAUGAUCACGCCUGAUGAUUUUCUUACAAGAUCUAUCAUGUCAAUUGACCCGAAAGUCCCGUUUACGGAUGAAAGGAUGCCACCUCUACUGGUUGAUACACCUACUCCAGCACUACGUCGUUAUCUCAACCCCACAACAAAUGCACCCACGGAUGCUCAUGUGCCAACAUCUCUCACUCAAACAAUGAGUGCUACACAAUGCACAGCAUCCAUUCAGAUGCAAACCUACAAGGUUUCCAAGUCUCCAAGAGAUACUCCGCCAAGUGGGCCUAACAGACAAGCAAAUUCUGAGCAAGCUUUCGCCGAGGUUGCCACCGGCCCAGUCGCACGUCAACGCGAUAUGAGGGAGAAUAGUGAUUUUAUCCGAAUUGCAGUCAUGGAAAUGGCAAUGCGAAAAAAUGGAAAGUUGGAUGACCGCAAACCGGGAAGAGCGAGAUGGGCUCUGCCACCCAGACAGGCAUCCAGCAAACCUUACGAAAUUGGAAACGAUGGAGUUCCUCUUCGAUGGACUGCACUUACUUACUAAACAGAAUCAGACAUUCGUCGCAGACUAUCCGGCAUAAUUCACGCGACACUCUCACCGACAAGCUUUGGGCUUCUCAAGUCUUCACAUGCCAUUGAUUCAGAUUCAUGGUUCAUGAUUUUUCCGACGGGCGGAUCUCCAGCGGUACUUGGGCUUCCAUA